CACCUCUGACAGGACAUGACCGUUUUUAUUCCAAAACGUUCCCUUCCACUUCUCCCAGCGAUUCCCCUCCUCUGAAUGUCACACAAACUUGUAACUAUAUAUAUAUAUCGUGAGAGAGAGUUGAGAGAAGAGGAAAUUGGAGAAGAAGAUGUUUUACUCACAAAUGCUUCUAUCAAAGAAGGGGCCUUUAGGCACAGUUUGGUUUGCUGCUCAUUGCCACAAAAGGCUUAAGAAAGAUCAAGUUAAGCAGACUGAUAUUUGUUCUUCUGUGGAUAAGAUUUUACUUGAUGAAGUUCCAAUGGUAACAUAUCGGAUCUUAGCCUACCUUCUUCUGGGUGUUGUGAGAAUAUACUCGAAGAAAGUCGAGUAUCUGUUCCACGACUGCCAUGGUGUUGUUGCUAAACUCAGUAAUUUUAAGGUUGGCGAAAGAAAAGGUGCAAGUAUUGGAGGUAUGCUUGCACCUCAUUACUCUAUCACCUUUCCUAAGAGAUUUGAACUUGAUGCUUUUGACCUAGAAGUCAUGGAAGAUCAAGAUGUAAUUGAUGGAAAUGUGAGAUCUCGUGAAGACAUCAUGCUUGCUGAUGAACUAAGGAAGGAGGGCAACACAGUUAACCAGCUUGGCAAGGAUCAUCAUGAGGAGAAUAUUUCCUUUACUGAUGCUUAUUCGUCUGUUUAUACUCCAGUUAGAGAUGUGUACUCAUCGCACCCUGUGGACAAACAAUUGGGUGUAAGCCCAUCAAAUAAUAAGAGCAACUCAGUAGCGAGCAUGGAGAUAUUUCGUGGGACAGAAUUCUUUUUAGAAGAUCGUCUGGAUCCUAUGGUACUGGACGAGGCUGAAAAUGAACAGGACCAUGGUAGACUAUCUGAUGAAGAGCGUGAGAUUGCAGAAGAGCAGAUGGAGUGUCCGAUGACUAAAUUGAACUUACAAGAAGAGGAACCACAUGAUCUUGCUAGGUCAUUUGAUAAAAAUGAGUCAGUAGAUGCAGAGCAAACAAGACUUCCAGAGACUGUCUUAGAUAGCAGAAAAUGUCAGAGGAUAGAAGAGUUUUCGACAUCCAUUGCAGUUGAUGUAACUUCAGACUCAAAGGAUCCUGGUGGUGCUGCUACACCACCAGGGAUUAUGGCUAUUCGCACUCCGGCUCCGAAGGAGCGUGCGAAAGUUCUGAAGAAGCGGAAGUGUUCAUUCGAUGACACCAUUGCGGUACCUAACAAGAUGUUCAAGCAAUGGAUAGAAGACCCGAGUGAUUUAAUAUGUAAGAGAAAGAAUGCUCCUCAUACCAUUUUACAUGCCUGGAGAGCUCAUAAACUUUCUAAUCUCCCUCGGACUUUCUUGGAUCCUUUGUUCUCCUGUAUCUCAUUAGAUCUUCAAUCUCUUGAAUGCAAAAAGAUAUUGCCAAGCGAGCCAAUUGGAGCUGUGGAAAUAUUUGCAAGUCAAGAUGAAGCAGUAUUUCCUGUCACACCUAAAUCUCGAGAACAAACUCCAAUUGCUCCCGCAACUCCUGUUACUCAUUCAGCCUUACCAAGAGUGCAGGAGAGCAGAGGAGUUUCGGACAUUUUGGAACCUUCAACCUCAAAUGAAAUCCCCGAGAAGGCGUCUUCUAUGAGUGAAGACCUGGAAUUGAAUGUUACUUUAAUGGAUGAGGAAAAAGAUUCAUCUGAGGAUAUUGGCCAGGAAAAAAAUAUACUAUCUGCGAGAACAAAAACGAUUGCAAGAUAUCUAUAUGGAAACUUUGUUAGACAAAAGAGAUGCAAAGAGGAUGCUGUAGUGAAAUUGGCACAGGUUCUCAAAGGAAAAACCAAGAAAGGAAGUGCGAGGCUAUUCUACGAAGUACUGGUUUUGAAAACCGGGAAAUGCAUAGAUGUAAGGCAGGACAAUCCGUAUGAGGACAUAUUUCUGCUCGAAACUCCUGUACUGAGGCAGUUGUUUGAACCUGAAGGAGGAGCACAGCUUUAGUCUGCAUUUGUAGGUGGUGUGUAUAGGAAAAGCAGAUCUGGACAAUGCAGUAAGGAAGGGUGUUUAUACUGUCUUUUUAGGAUCAAAAUCUUGGGUUUUGUAAUUUAACAUUCCGUUUUUCUUAAUCCGAAACUUGAUCAUUUCUCUCAAUAUGUGGAUGAGUUAUAGCAUUAACUGUAGCGCUUAGGAGAAUGUGUAAUUAAAAAGU